CAUCUUUACAUGCACUUUACAUUGUUAGCUGCUACGAAGUUGCUACGCUACUUGGGAUUGAAGCAUUACCAGGUUCAUGUAGAACACAGUAUGCAGAGGUACCCCCAGCCAGGGGCCCUUCGAGCAUUAGCAUUUAACCUUGCAUUUAACAAGCAUACCAAGACAAAUUGAAAUAAAGCAAUUCCCCGGAGUUCUAUUGCCUUGCAAUUCCCUUGGAAGUGAAUUUGCUUGAAGAAACGCUCUAGGAGGGAGAGAGCGGAAAAGACAGCAGAACCACCCCUGGCCUGGACUGAAAGUCAGGGGGUACCUAUUGUCCCAAUAUUCAAGAAAGGCAACAAGCAAUCUCCUGCCAACUACAGGCCAGAUGAGGUUCACACCAGUGUUGCACAAGCACCUGCUGGGACGAUGGUACAACGACAUGUGGAAGCAGAAGAAAAGGGUGACCGUUGACAAUCGCAAACUGAAACAGGCCCUGGAAGCCAACGGGAAAACCGUAUAUGAUGCUGCGAAGCUAUUCGGUGUACAAUGGGAGGACCGGGAGCCACGUGUGAUGGAGACGGCCGUGGGGGCCGAGGCGGCGCUCGUGGAGCCGGCGCGGCGGCCGGAGCACCACCAGACGGCCGCCUUCGUCUACCAGGGCAAGAACCUGCUGCUGGGCCAGCGGCAGGCGCAGGCCCUUACCAACACAAUUCAGGUCGGCGAAGGACUCCCUGAACAAGUCACUGCUCUUGAAGGUCUCGAGCGGAUCAGAAAUCAAGAUGAGCUAGUCACAGACGUCAUCAAGACGUCGCUCAUGUUCGACGCCACCCAGGAGAAGCUGUCCAAGGUGAUCGACGUGACGCGGCUGGGCCUGCCGCAGCCGGUGCAGUACGGCGUGCCGGAGCUCCGCUCCAACCGCUCGCUGCUGUCUGGCCUGCUGAGUCUGUGUGAGCGGCUGGCCGUGCGGCUGGACGGGUUCCAGUCGCGGCUGACGCUCUACCGACCUCUGCUCAGCGCCACCCACGUCACCUCGGACGGCCACCGUCUGCUGGUGAGCCGGCGGCCCGAGCUGGCGCUGAUGGCCGACAGGCCGCUGCCGGCGCCGGCGCCCGCCCAGGCCGUGGAGGCCAGUCGCGCCGCGGCCGCGCCCCAGCUGGAGCCCGUCAGUCCGUUCGUGCACCUGCACAGCGUGCACGACUACCAGUGGCGGGACGUGGCGCCGGUGUCAGCCGGCUGCCGACACCGGUACGUGCACACCUUGUUCCUGGCCUGGAACGGCCGCAUCAAGAAGUGGGUCGACGACGACCAGCUGGGCGCGCUCUCUGUGAUGAGCAUGCACGCGGCGGCGGUCAACAUGGCGCGACAGCAGGCGGGGCCCGGCCGGCCGGCCGUGGUGCAGUGUGUGGCCACCGACGGCCGGCUCUUCAAGCGGUCGGUGCUGCAGCUGAACACGCAGGCGGUGCCGGACCCGACCAGCGGCGAGGUCAGCACCCGGCACCAGCUGAAGAACCUGCUGUGGACCGAGCCGGCCACGCCGCUCUACGAGCGCUGCGCCUACACGGACGGACGGCCGCUACUGGCCGGCUACAACGCAGAGGUGUUCAACCGACUGCUGGCCCUGUACAUGAACGGCCUGCUGGCCCGUACCGUGCCCGACCUCAACUGAUAAUACAUGGCGAUAGAUG